GCAGUAAGCGGAGAGCAUUCGGAAGCGGUGCCGCUCAGCCGUGGGGGGGGGGGGGAUCCCAGAAAAAGGGCAGCGGUUCAUCAACAGGGGGACAACGAGAAAGAAACUUUUGCUCUCGAGGCAGGAGUAGGGGCAGAACGGGAGAGUUUGCAAACCCGAAAGAGCCGAAGAGGAGAUCGAAAAGACGGUAACAUUUUGGGUGGUCGUGCGCGCGUUUCGGUUGGGAGCGCGAGCGGAAUCCAAACGGCGACUCGAGCUUCUCCCUCCGCUCAGCUCAAAUAAACAUGGAGGCGUGAGCAGCACAGGGGAGAAAAAAAAACAUUUGUUUAUCACAAACUCGAAGAGAGAGAGGAAUGUUUCGAGGCGAAGCGCCGCCGGCUCGGAGCAGCGACUCGGCGUUUCUCGUUCAUCGUUUUACUUUCCUAUGGAGGAGCUGGAGUUUCUAACAACCUGCCGCUCGCUAUGCCCAAGCUCAGCAAGGGCAAUGGAGAACUGCCCCUGCCACCCGGUUGGGAAGAGGCGACCGACUACGAUGGGAAGUUGUACUACAUCGACCACAACACCAAGCAGACGAGCUGGGUCGAUCCCCGCGACAGAUGGACCAAACCCCUCUCCUUUGGCGAUUGUGUAGGAGAUGAGUUGCCUUUGGGUUGGGAAGAAGCAUUUGAUGCACAAGUCGGAAUCUAUUACAUUGAUCACAAUACACAAACAACACAGGUAGAAGAUCCUCGGGCUCAGUGGCGUAGAGAACAGGAGCGCAUGUUGAAAGACUAUCUAAUCGUAGCACAAGAUGCACUAACUGCCCAGAAGGAAAUUUACCAAGUAAAACAACAGAGAUUAGAACUGGCCCAACAUGAAUACAGGCAGCUAAACGAUGUCUGGAAGGAUAAGUCUAGUUCACAGACCAGCUUGUUUUCUGGCUCUUCGUCUAGUACUAAGUAUGACCCUGACAUUCUCAAGGCGGAGAUUUCAACAACAAAAUCUAGGGUGAAUAAAUUGAAAAGAGAGUUGUCUCAUAUGAAGCAGGAGCUUCAGUAUAAAGAACAAGGAUUUGAAACUCUUAAAGCAAUCGAUCUAAAGAUGUCAGGAACUCAGGGAGGAUACAAACUUGAUGAAGCACAGGCUAUUAUGAAUGAAAUGAAAACCAUCAAAAGGGCUAUUAACUCAGGAGAGAAGGAGAAAAGAGACCUCAUACAGAGUUUAGCCACAUUGAAAGAUGGUUUCCGAAUUGAGACAGGAUUUCACUCUGAUCUCUCGACCAGUCAUACAUCAUUAUUAAGCACAAACCAACCUGUUAGCUGCCAUUUCUCAGACGUUGGGUCCCAGACAGAUAUUUCAGGAGAUUUUGUUUCCAGCAAUAAUGCCAAACUGGCUGAGAAGGUGAGACUAAGCCUGCAAUAUGAAGAAGCAAAGCAAAGGAUUUCAAAUAUCAAGAUUGAACUGGCUAAACUUACCAGUGAGGCAUGGCCUGGAGUAUUAGAUGCAGAACGGGACAGGCUGAUACUGAUCAAUGAGAAAGAAGAACUUUUGAAGGAACUGCAAUUUAUAAACCCUCGUAAAUGGGCACACGGUGAGGUAGAGCAGCUGGAGAUAGAAAGGAAGCGACUGGCAGAUGAUCUCCAGGCUGCAAGGGACACACAAAGCAAAGCACUGACAGAAAGAUUAAAGAUGCAUAGCAGGAGAAAUAACUUGCUGAGGGAGUUAGAAGAAGCAACACGUUUAGCCUCAACGUUGCAUUCACAGCUACAGAGUCUCUCAACCAGUACUUUGUCACUGUCAUCUGGAAGUAGCAAAGGGUCAUUGACGUCUAGCCGUGGAUCCCUUGCUGCAUCCAGCCAAGAAUCUUCAAGCUCUGUUAGCUUUACUGACCUGUAUUAUGAUCAUCCAGAACACACAGUAGACUUUGACUAUCAGUAUAAAUUGGACAUUUUGCUACAAGAGGGCACUUCAGGCAAUAGACCAGCAGGCUCCAUUACUACCAUUCAUGAAAAUGAAGUGGUCAGUUCUCGCAAUGAUUCCUCUUACUUAGACACAUAUGAAACUUCAAGCAAGAUUCAAGCACGGAGGUCUUUGUCUGAGACGCCGAAAUCUCUUACUUCGCUGUCACCUAGGUCUUCCUUGUCCUCCUUGUCGCCACCCAGCUCUCCCUUGGUAAUAGACCCUCAUUUUAUGGUUCCUUCAGGGGAACCCCUUAUGAACCAUGUUGGUACAGGCAUUGAAGGCAUAGGACUGCUUGCUGAUAUUGCUAACUUUGGUUUACACAUUGAAGAUGAUAAUCAGAUUUCUUCAAGAUCUACACUACCAAAUAAGAUCUUGUCACCGUCUCUAAAUUUGGAAGCUGAAAUUGGAUCAGAAUCAGGACUUUGUAGCAAUUCAUCAAAAAUACUGCGUGAAGAGUUGGGAAUUUCUAUGAAAAGCAAUGAAGGAAUAGAAGAUGCCAGCACUCAAACUGAGAUGUCUGGACCAGCAAUCCAUCGCAAAAUUACUUGUGUUUCUGCAGCUGUAUCAGAUGAGUCAGUGGCAGGUGACAGUGGUGUAUAUGAAGUGGUCAAAAGAUCGUGUGAGAUAGAAGAUGUACUUUCUGAUGAUGAAACUGAUGCACUAGCUGCUGCCAGACUCCAGAUUGGAAUGAAGUAUGAUGAUAAAAGCAAAAGAUUUGCUAUUUUUAUUAUUCAAUUGAGUAACCUAGCAGCACUAUCAUUACCACAGAACCGUACAGUUUAUAUCCGGGUGGCUGUACUCCCGUGCUCUGAAAAUACGAGUUGUCUGUUCCGCACCAAAGCCUCAGUUGCUGCUGAAAGCCUGAUGUACAAUGAAGUGUUUUGGAUCACCAUUUCUUUUUCUGCUUUGCAUCAGAAGACUCUGCGAGUUGAUGUUUGCUCAGUGGAUAAAUCUCAUCGAGAAAAGUGUUUGGGUGGUGCUCAGAUCAGCUUGGCAAAUGUGAACAGAUGUGGAGAGUGGUCAACACAAUGGUACAACCUCCUUAAUCUUCACUACCUACAGGAACAAUGCAUGAAGCAUACUGCACAAAAUGAAGAUGCUCUUCAAUCAGAAAAUAAACUCACCACAACAGAAAAAAAAGAUUCUGUGUCUGCGCUCCUAGAACAAACGGUUGCAGAGCUGGAGGCAGUGGAGUGGCAACUAGGAAAGAACAGAAAUUUGUUGACCCUAGAAGAGGAAAGACCAAGCGCACCAGCGAGGGAAGAUGACUACAAUGAGAAAGAAAUUAGCAAGGAGGGAGAGCAAGAACAAGAAGACAAUGAAGAAAUACCAUGGGAAAAUGAAGGCAAUGUUGAGAAUACCAAUGAGCAGACUGAUAAUCAGUCAGUACUAGCAGCAGUUGUUGCAGUGAAGGUUGAUAAAGAAACUAACACAGAGGAGACUGAGACAACUACAUUUGCUGUGCGUCCAAAGGAAAGAAGAACUCAUACUACUCAACAGAGCCCUUUUGUGAGAGGCAGUGCUAUUAUUCGUUCAAAAACCUUCUCUCCAGGUGCACAGAAUCCUUAUGUAUGCAGGUUAAAUCGAAGUGAUAGUGACAGCUCAACAUUAUCCAAAAGGCAGCCCUUUGUUCGGAAUGCCAUGGAACGACGCAGUUUGCGAAUGAAAAUGCCUUCAAUCAGAAGGGUAGGAUCAGAAAGGCUGAUGCGAACCUCUUUAGAUUUGGAAUUGGAUCUACAGGCAUCAAGGACCAGGCAGCGCAGGCUAACACAGGAACUCGAUAUCUUGAGGGACCUGAGACGACAAAUUGAUGAGGCCAAAGCCAGAGGAGAGACCGAAUUGCCUCAAUGGGUCAAAGAGGAUGAGAGGUUUCAAAUCUUGCUAAAGCAAGUUGAAAAACAGGUAAUGUUAUUAAUUUUCACAUGUGCACAGUAUUUAGGUGACGGCAAUGUCCCAGUUGAUGUGUACUACUAA